UUAAAUCUAUUCCUUCAACCUAGGAAAAACACAAGAAAAUCCUCAAUGAGAUUCUUCUUAGUGUUUUUUGUGAUUCUGUUUGGCUUUUACUAUGGAGCCUAUGGGAAAGAUUCUUUAGAUAUCGAAAUGAAAUUGAAGGCUCUUAACAAACCUGCGUUGAAGACCAUCAAGAGUCAAGACGGAGAUAUAAUAGAUUGUAUCGAUAUCUACAAACAACAUGCCUUUGAUCAUCCCGCUUUAAAGAACCACAAGAUUCAGAUGAAACCGAGUAUGGAGUUUGAGGCAAAGACAACCACUAUUCAAAACAACCGUUUCGAUGAACAGAUAACAUCUCAGAUUUGGACCAAAUCUGGAGACUGUCCGGAUGGGACAAUACCGGUUCGUAGGGUUAGCCGAGAAGAUAUUAGAAGAGCCUCUUCACCGUCUCGUUUUGGUAGGAAACCUCAUCGUACGUACAGUUUUCUCGACAACGCACUUCAGCACAAGGGCAAUUUCAAUAUAACUACUGAAAACGUAAAACAUCCCCGCCCAAUGUUCAUAUCGGAGGCAGUCCUUAUCGCCCUAGGGUUCAAUUAUCUUGGCGCUAAAUCCGAUAUAAAUGUUUGGAAUCCUCCGAGGAUUGAGGCUAAAGAUUACAGCACUGCUCAGAUAUGGCUUCUUGGUGGACUCUCAGAUACAUUUGAAAGCAUAGAAGCUGGUUGGGCGGUAAAUCCAAGUGUUUUCGGCGACUCACGCACACGUCUCUUCAUCUACUGGACUAGCGAUGGAUAUGAUCAAACAGGAUGCUUCAACCUCUUGUGCGCUGGUUUUGUGCAAACAUCUACUAAGUUUGCGUUAGGUGCAGCAAUAGAUCCCGUUUCGCGUAUCUCUCAAAAACAAUAUUACUUCACCGCCAGCAUUAUGUUGGAUGUAAAAACCGGGAAUUGGUGGCUGACUUGCGCAAACAAUGUGAUAGGUUAUUGGCCAGGGUCACUCUUUAGCUACCUCAAACAUAGCGCAACCGCUGUGCAGUGGGGUGGGGAAGUCCAUAGUCCUAACGUGCGGAAGAAGCCGCACACAACAACUUCAAUGGGGAGUGGAAGAAGGGCAGCUGACUUGUGGGAAAAAGCUUGUUACCACACAAACAUUAGGAUCAAAGACAAUUCUUUGUUUAUAAAAUACCCCAAGUAUCUAUCCGAGUACUCUGAUGAAGAAUACUGUUAUUCUACAAAUCUGCACAGGGAAACGUAUAUGUCAGAGCCCCAUUUCUACUUUGGAGGACCUGGCCAGAAUUCUCUUUGUCCUUAAUCUCAUUUUUGAUUUUCUCUUUGUUCAUUUUUUUUUUUGUUAAUUUUUUUUUUUUUUUUUUUUUUUUUUUUUGACAUCAUUACAAAUAAUAAAUCUCUCUUUGAGAGGGACCGGGCUCGAACCCGGAUCUGGUGAGAAGGCAAACAGAGGUGAGAACCACUAGCCCACUAUUUUUUUUUUGUUAAUUAUGAUUGGCAAAGUGUUGGAAAUAAAUAAUGAUCCGCAAAGAGUUUGAAAUGAAAUUAU